CCUCCCGGUACCACCAUGAGCCGCGGCGGCCGCGCCCUCGGGGCGACACCGCCCGUCACCGCGGCGGCGGGGCGGCUGGCGGCGGCGGCGGCGGCGCGGAGCGCGGAGCGAGAGGAACUGGCGGCGCUGAACGAUCGCUUCGCCGCUUUCCUGGAGCGGGUGCGGGCGCUGGAGCGGCAGAAUGGGGCCCUGAGAGCCGCCCUGGGCCGCGCCGCCGCCGCCACCGCGCCCGGUGCCGCCGGGCUGGUGCGGGGGGAGCUGCGGGGGCUGCGGGAGCGGCUGCAGCGCCUCGGCCGGGACCGAGACCGGCUCCAGGCCGAGCGGGACGGGCUGGCCACGGACCUGGCGGCCCUGCGGCAGCGGCUGGAGGACGAGACGCAGAAGCGGGAGGAUGCGGAGAGGAGCCUGGUGCUGUUCCGCAAGGACAUGGACAACGCCACACUGUCCCGCCUGGAGCUGGAGCGCAAGGUCGAGCUGCUGAUGGACGAGAUCGGCUUCCUCAAGAAGCUGCAUGAAGAGGAGCUGCAGGACCUGGAGGUGAGCGCCCCACGUGCCGCGGUGCCGGCGGAGGCGGAGGUCUGCGCGCCAGCGCUGACGGCUGCGCUGCGCGAGAUCCGCACCCAGUACGAGAGCAUCGCCGUGAAGAACCUGCAGGAAGCCGAGGAGUGGUACAAGUCGAAGUUCGCUGACCUCUCGGACGCAGCCAACCGCAACCACGAGGCGCUGCGGCUGGCCAAGCAGGAGAUGAACGAGUCUCGGCGGCAGAUCCAGAGCCUCACCUGCGAGGUGGACGGGCUGAAGGGCAUGAACGAGGCGUUGCAGCGGCAGAUGCGGGAGAUGGAGGAUGAGUUUGGGGAGGAGAUCGGGAGCUACCAGGACAUGGUGGGGCGUCUGGAGCAGGAGAUCCAGCAGAUGAAGGAGGAGAUGGCCCGGCACCUGCGCGAGUACCAGGACCUGCUCAAUGUCAAGAUGGCCCUGGACAUCGAGAUCGCCACGUACCGCAAGCUGCUGGAGGGCGAGGAGAGCCGGAUCACCGUCCCUCUGCACCCCACCACCUCCUUCACCAUGAGGAGCUCAGCGCUGGAGCCGCCGGGGGAGAGCGCGGCGCGGAGGACGGUGCUGAUCAAAACCAUCGAGACGCGGGACAGGCAGCGGCUGCUGAUGGAGUCGCACAAGGAGUGACGGGUCCCGCUGCACCGGCCCCGUGCUGGCCGGGAGGGGGGGGAUCCAGCUGCCCCCCCGUCGCCAGCGCCCGGGGCUGUAGCACAGCGCGGUGCCUUGUCGCCCCCCCCCCCCCCCCUUAUUUAUUGCUAUUUAUCACCUAUUUAUUUUUAUCACCCAUUUAUUUUUCCCGCUGGAACCUCAGGUGUAUGGAACGUUUACCAAACAUCGCCGCCGCUGUCCCGGGCCCUGGGGGGUCCUGUCCGUCCCCCCCCGCAGGGAGGUGGCCCCGAGGUCUGCGGGCACCGGCGAGACCCCGGCGCUGUCCCGGGCCCGGGGGGUCCUGUCCGUCCCCCCCGCAGGGAGGUGGCCCCGAGGUCUGCGGGCACCGGCGGGACCCCGGCGCGGUCCCGGGCCCGGGGGCGGGAAGGGGCGCGGCAUCAGGGCUUUCUCCCCCCGUGUCCCCAUCCUGCUUGAGCAGCAAAUAAAGGCUGCAGCGAGGCCGG